AAUACUCGGAAAUGUCAACCGGUUGAUCUUACUUUAAAGGUUUCAGUCGAUAUUCAUAAACUUUGUUAAAAAUAUUUUUGUGAUCCGAAAAUACGAUGGAUCCAGAACUUGUUGAAAAAUUCAUGGAAGUAACAGGGGAGAGUGAAGCCACUGCUCGUCAAUAUUUAUCCCUGACUGAUGGUAAUGUGGAAACUGCAAUAAUCUUAAUGUACGAGGGAAAUCAUGCGACAGAACCUGAACGCACUGAUCCUGAACCUGAACCAGAAGUAAGACCUCCGAUUUUACCAACACAAGAAAUAUUGGUACCAUCGGAUCCAGCUUGUUCAUUUCCAAGAAUAUCAAAUAAUGUGUUUGAUAGAUUUAGAGAUUUUGCAGUAGAAACACAGCUACAGGAAGAAAGAAUGACUCGUAGAUUUUCAAUACUUAAACAACCUUCUCAGCGCAGAUCAAAUAGAUUAGAAGAUUUAUUUCGACCUCCAUACAGUAUCCUCUUCUUGGGCCCCUUUUUGGCAGCUCGUGCACAUGCCAAGACAUUAAAUCGUUGGUUACUUGUAAAUAUACAGAAUCCUCAGGAAUUUGCUUGCCAGAUUCUUAAUAGAGAUGUAUGGUCGAAUCAGCAAAUUCAGGAAAUUGUAAAGGAUCAUUUUGUCUUAUGGCAAGUCUUAUCAAGCACUAGUGAUGGAAAACGUUAUAUAGAUUUCUACAAUGUAUCUAAAUAUCCUUAUGUGGCAGUAAUAGAUCCUAGAACAGGAGAAUGCAUGCAAACGUACAAUCACAUUACUGUUAACAUUUUAAUAUUCGCAUUAAAUGAUAUGUUAAGCACUCAUCCAUCUCCGGACUGUGUAUCAAGCGAUUCAUUCAGUCCUAAAAAAUGGAAUAACUGUAAUGAAACAACAAUAACAACAGCAACAACAUCAGUUACUACUACUACUAGUAGUAGUAGUAGUACAGCAACAACAAAUGACAAUUCUGCAACUAAUUCAAAAGAUUAUGACAGUAGUACUAGAACUUCUAAACAUUUAAUUGAUAGUUUAAAUGACUUAGACAGUUACAAUAAUAUAGAUGACAUUCAAAGUUCAAGUUCAAGUAUGUCUUCCAAUGAAUCUCAAAAUACAAAUAAAAAAAAGAAAAUUGAUGAGCUAGACGUAAAGGAAAAAGUCCAAGAAAAUUCAAAGGAUGAAUCGUGUGCACCAAAAUAUGAUUUGAACAACAUUAAAACGAGUAAUGAAUCUGUAAGACUUUGCUUAAGAUUGCCAAAUGGUAAAAGAGAAACAAUGUCAAUGUGUGCAGCGAACACAAUAGAAGAUUUUAUAAAUAAAAUGGAAAGUUUGGGUUACUCGUCAUCGGAUCAUAGUUAUUUAGUUCCAUUUCCAAAAACAAAUAUAGGAGAGCUUUCCCCAGAAAUACAUUUAUCAGAUACAAUAUUAUCUCCAGCAAAUACAGUAUUCAUAACAAAAUUAUAAAUACUUUAUUACUUUACAAGAAAAUUAUACAUACUGUGUAAUAUGAAUGAGGUAACAUACUGUGAGUAUUUAUUUUUCUUCAACUACAAAUUGGAAUAUAUCUUACGUUUGAAAAGUAUCAUGCAAUUUAAAAACAAAUGGUACAAUUAUGAAUAUUCAUGCCAUGUGUGUUCGAUUAACAUUGAAGUAUAAUUAUAAUUUUCAUGUUUCUUAUCAUUGAAUGUUCCAAUAUUAUAAUACAUACAGAAAUCUUCUGAAUAAAAAAAGUAAUGUUCAGGACAGCGCUUUUAAUCGAGAUAAAUUAUUUUAACAUAUAUUUUAAUUUAGACCGCAAGCCGUUAGCUUAGAUGGGAAAAACAACCAAAUGACGAGUCAUUCAAAUUCUUACUUACACAGACGAAGAAUUAAGCGCUGACCAAUGACUCGUUUUGAUAAUACAUCUCUCUCCUUCUUUCCUCAUAUUAUUUUCAGUGUGUCCUUUAUCACACAAUAAAACUUCAAUCAAUGAAUUAACUGCUCACGGUAACACAAAAUGAUCUGCGAUCGGCGAUUGUAAACAGCUAGAUAGUAUGUCAUAAAAUUCUGGGAUAUUAUAAUUAUGAAAGGUAUGUCAUAAAAUUUCACUACCUGGAUGCUGGAUUAGUUCGCGUCCGAUAAUAAUAAUAGUCCAACACGGUGAGGGGUAUAAUCUUAAUAGCAGAGGAUAAGAAAGAAAAAAGUAAAAGAAACGAGAGGUGCGUAAUAAUGAUUCUAUGGUAAAUACCUGCUACAAUAGUAUCUGUACCUAAUUCUCACUGCACUAGUCCGCACAAUGUAAGCAUAUAUGUAAUGUGUAAAGUGAUCACGAAAACUUCCUGAACUUUAAUGUCUCUUUCAAUAAGAACGAUUGAGUUCCGAUCCAUGGUUCUGUCAAAACAUCUUUCCUCGUAACGAAUAGAAUAUGUUACAUUAAAAAAAUAUGUUGACCUUGAAAUUCAAGGUCAAGGUCAAUUUUGUAGGGACCGGUUUUUAAUCAAAUCUUCACCUAUCUAAAGGUGUAAAAUCACCAUGCUCGUUAUAAUUAAUUUUUAUACAAUCUAUACAUUAUUAUAAAUCUUCGUGCAUCAGUAAAAUUAUAGUGAAAGAAAGCGUUAAUCAGUUCAUUCACUUCCUCGCAAUUUAAACUGCUAUAUCUAAACUACAUUCUAAUGCAAGUAGAAAUAAAUCAGAAAACCAUAGAGAACUAGAAAUAUGAAUGCAGAAGAUCUUAAUUAUAAUUGUUAGACAAAUAAUACUUCCAUAAUAAGACUAGAAUAUAAGUUCUAAAUAAUUUUCAUAUCUUCUUUUUUAUCAGUAAGCCAUUGUUUUUUUAGUUGUGUCCAACAUAUUUUAUAUGCACCAUUGUAUUUAACUUUGUUUAUAAAUAAACAAAUUUUCUCAUUGAAUUAAAAAUAUAAAUACGUAUACUCUAUUUAAAUGUAUUUACCGUCCACUUUUACUGUGGUAACAAUAAAAUAAUGUAAUGUACUAUCAGAAAGUACUACAAAGUUUAUAUGAAAUAUUAACAGUAAAUUUAUAAUACUAUAAUCAAGUAUGACAUUGUAUUCAAAAUAUUAAUUUUUCUCGCAAACUGCCCGACAUGUUACACUUUAAUUUUACAGACGUAAAUUACACAUUAAGAAUUUAUUUGCUUCGAUUCAAUUUUUUAAAUAAAUGUGAUUAACAAAAUAUAUAUAUACACCACUAUCUUUAUUUACAUCAUUGUAAUAAAAAAUUGGUACAUUAACAUAUAUAUCCAUAAAUCGUACAAGUCAUAUAUAUUCAUAAACAUUUCAUUGAUAUCAGAUUUCAAUUUAUAUGCAUUUACAUAUUAUUUUAUAAAUGUAAAAGAUAUUGGAUAAUUUUAUUACAUAUUUUUUUAAUUUAUUGUAAAAAUUUCAGUACAUAACUUUCACUGCAAUAUUUAUCCAUAAGCACUUUUCCAGCGAAUUAGGGUAGCACCAAUUAAUUAAUAAGUACAAUCACUGGCAAACAGUCGUUAGGAGGAAAUAUUACUGAAGAGAUUGGGUAUAAGUUGUCUGUGCACGUAAGGUCACACCUUCUGCUUAUGAAAUAAAAAGAAAAUAACGAAAAAUUAGGUUACAAAUUAAUUAUGUUGUAAUACAAAUUGUAAUCAAUGAGUGCCAUAAAAUUAGUUAAUAUUAUAUUAAGGUAUUAGUUCUAUCAGUAUUUUACACUUAUACAUAAUACUUGUAAACUCUUUUUUACAUAAUGCAUGAAAAAAAUAUAUUUCUAUAUACAAUCUGUUAAAUUUAUUC